AUGUAUGCUACAAUUGCAAAGCGAUUCUAUUCUCCUGGAUUGAAGCAACAAAUUGAACGAUUCAAUUGUGAAAUUUGCCAACUCAAUAAAGUGGCGAAUGUUCAAUACGGACAGUUACCUGAGCAACACACGGAUUUGGUUCCAUGGUUCUCCGUUGCGGUCGAUUUGAUUGGUCCAUGGAAAAUUGACGUCAACGGUAGAGAACUUGAAUUCAACGCGUUGACUUGUAUUGAUCCCGUGACAAAUCUCACUGAACUUGCUUUUAUCAAGAAUAAAACUGCAACACACGUAGCAAGCGUGUUUGAAAUGCUGUGGUUGUUGCGGUAUCCGAGACCAUACAAAUGUAUUCAUGAUCAAGGAGGCAAAUUCAUUUGCAAAGCCUUCCAAGCGAAACUCGCUACUUGGGGAAUCCAUGAUGGCGGAACCACUAGCAAGAAUGCGACCGCAAAUGCGAUCUGUGAAAGAAUGCAUUUGACGGUGGCAAACAUUUUGCGCACCAGAUACAAUAAUGCCGCUCCAAACUUUCAAGUUGCUGUUGAAGAAGUCAAGCGAGCUCUUGCUGCUUGUAACCCUCUCACAGAUCGCAUUUGUGCGCUGAAUUUCCACUGUACCAUUAGUGUAAACAUUUGUAAUAGGAUACGGACCUCUGUAUUUCGGAUCCAACUUUCUUCCAUCAGUAUUCUUGAUCAAAACUUCUCCACCAAUUCUGUAAUCAAACUCUUUUCGCUUCGCGUUCUGCCUUCUCAAGUUUUCAUUGAUCUUAUACUGUCUCUUUUGCUGCAUAGAAAGUAG